AUGCUAGCCAUUCAAUCAAGUGAUGUUGGUGUAGCCUGUACAAAUGUCCAGUUAGGUCAUUCGAAUAUGUUAGGCAUUGAAGAAACGAGCCUGAAAAUGUCUGUUGGUGGUUCGUUGACGUAUUACAAUGCUCUACGUGCGCGGACGUGGCUUAUGCUCGGCGGUCAAUUGGGUCUUCAUCGUUUGUACCUGGAUGAACCACUUGAAGCAUUCGUUUAUUUUGCUACGGGUGGCAUUUUUCUGUUCGGAAUCUUUUACGAUAUUUUUGCCAUUCACAGUAUUGUUGAACGACAGAACGCACGUAUCAAACGAUCUUCAUCGCGAGCUACAAGGGAGAUGAUCUCGAGUGAGAAAUUCGCUUCAUCUUCGAUUAAACGUUUCAUUGCACAGUUUCUUUUCGGUUAUUGGAUGGGUUUGAUAUAUGGUUUGACUAUGCUGUUUACAUUCAGUAUUCAGCGUCGACCCAUUCUACUCUCAAUCAUCAUCGCUAUUGGCGUUGCGAAAGAUUGUCAUCUUCAAAAUGUCUAUUUUCCGUACCCUUUUGCUCGCCGCACUCUUUGCGACACUAUUUGGCAAUCGUGGCGCCCGUUCAGUGUCUGUCAAUUCAAGACGUUUCACACGCAAAACAUAUCUCGUAAACUAAUUCAUAACACCAAUAAAUCUAUCUUCUCGUCUGGUUCACAAAUACAGUAUAUUCCAUUCAAGCCAAAUUCGCCAUAUCGACAAUCAACCACCGCCAAUAGUUUCAUUUUCAAUCAUGCAAGCAUGGACGAUAAACGAAGAGUAUCUGAUAAACGGUGGUGGAGUAUUUUUUUAAUGGAUAUGGUCACGUCUGAAAGUGAAAACAUCAAUUUGGUUGAUUAUGUGAUCGUUUUUGUGAGUGAUUAUUUACGAGCAGAAGCACUUUCAAGAAUGACUGAGCAGAAGUUACGGACAGACAAUGCUCACAGAUUUGAUGCUCUCGAGUGGACAGCAUGGAGGCAGCUUGCAAUUUACGUAUGUUUUUUUGUUACGGCAUUUAUUUGA